AUGAGCUCGAGCGACGAGUUCUAUGAUGCCGAAAGUGAUACAGUCGAAGAUCUCGAGACUCCAACCGUAGAAGCAAACGGUUGUUUCAUUCCUGUAGCUAGUGAUGGAGACAAUGGCCAAGUUUUGCCGAAGCCGAGGCUUUCGAAGGAAUCAGCAACUCCUUCAAAAGAAAAACCGCCUCGACCUCCUCCACCAAAAUUCGGCCUCUCGAAAUCCGCGCCUCGUCCAAACACGCUUCCUGUGAAUUUCCGUUUAGGUUCAGGCUUCAACUUCAAAAGUAAAGACUCUGCAUCAAAACAGUUAUCAAAUGAAAGUAACCAACUAGGACAAGACGAUGCUCUUCUGACUCCCAACUCGACCGUCGACUCGAUCACAGCCGAAUUCACAAAGAGGCUGUUUGCUCCGAAGAAUUUGGAAGAAGAUUACUCUGGCACAAGCUCUGUUGAAUCCGUUUUUGAAAACGCGUAUAAGUCAAAGACAUCCUCGUUGGAUCGGAGAAGAAAGAAAUUUGAAGACGACUCUAAGAGAUCCAGCCUUGACAGUGAAAAAAUGAACUCCCGAUACUUUUCUUGUGCCGAACUUGUCGAGGAAUUGAACGGAGAUGCAAAAUUAAAACGGGACGAUUCGAUCCGAAGCUCUUUGAGAUCGACUCACUCUCGAAUGGCGGCAAGAACGAACUUGAGUCUGCGCCGCGAUUCUUACAGAGAAAACGAUUUGAAUGAAGUUGAUUCAUCGGAAGUUCCAACUAGCGCCGAAACUCAACGAGUCUGCGAAGUUGAUAACUUCAUUGCUCCCCAAUCGCCUCCAAAUUUAGAAAAAUGCGAUUCAAUUUCAUCCCUUUCAUCUGAAAUGUCUUCAAUUGCCUCUUCCGCCUCCGCCAUGGCGCGAAAAGUGAAAGGAAUUCACCAAACUUUCAAGUCUCGUUUUCUCAAAUUUCGAACUCGACAAAACCCGCUGAAGCAAAACUCUCAAUCCUCCCAACUCUCCGUUGACCCUCCAGAAUCGGACAUUGAUCUGGAUUGCGCGAUGAGUAAGAAGAGCGAUUCUAGCGGCAGCCUCAAGCUCAAAUCUUCAAAAAAGCUGCUGAGGGCAAGCUCGAACAAUUUGCCACUGUCUGAUUUGAGCUUUGUCCAGGAGCUGAGCCACCAAAGCAAAUCGUCUCCGAUCUACAUUUUGAAGCUCAACGCCGAUUCAACCCUCCUUGCUGCUGGAGGAAAGGAAUCGCAAAUCACCGUGUUCAUCCUCAACGCUGCCUCGAACAGCGAAAAAUACAAGAUGACGAGUAAAAGCUCAAACUCGGACGAUUUAUUUUGCGACGUGCCCUUCCGCCAGUAUUUUGGCCAUAGCGGCGAUAUACUCGACUUAGCUUGGAGCAAGAAGUCUGGGGAUGAUUGGCUGUUGAGUGCCAGCAGUGACUGUUCGGUUUGCUUGUGGCACAUGAGCAAGAUGGAGGCGAUUUUGACACUGAAACAUCCUGAACCUGUCAAGUGCGUCUGUUUCCACCCAGAACACCCAACAUUCUUCGCCUCUGGAAGUGUCGACGGAAUUGUUCGAUUUUGGGACAUCAUGUCCGAGAAAGUCAUGGCCUAUGCUCAUCUGCAACCUCGAUUGAAAAAUGGAGAGAUGAUCAACUGCGUUGAAUUUGUCAAAUUUGGAGAGUGGCUUCUUGUUGGCACCUUCGACGGGCGAGUUAUUAUUUUUGAACGAGAGCUGGAGAAGCUCAAUUAUUAUACCGAAAUUGUGGUUUCGGAAAAACCAGUUACAGGAAUUUCAACUGUUGACGAAAAAUCAUCAGUUCUCGUGACUUCUGGCGACUCUAGAAUUCGCGUCUUCUCGCUCGACAGUUUUCAAAUGACGUCAAGAUACAAAGGCGUCCAAAUAAAAGAGCAUCUGAUAAUUUCGGCUGUAUAUUCUCCAGUCCAGAAGUUGAUCUUUUGCGGCUCCGAGGAUGGGGCCACCUAUUGCUGGCGCAUUUCUAGUGAUCGACACGAGAGCGCUUCGAAAUGGCAACGAUUCAAGAUGCACACUUCAAGCAUAAACACCGUAUCAGUUCCUUCUACGCUUCCUUUACAUUCCUCAACUUUAUUCAUCGCAACUGGCGACGACGCCGGCCGCAUUUCAAUCUUUUCAAAUUGA